AUGGUCCUUGAGAAGAUAUUGCCACUUGUUGAUGUGGAGCAUCUGGAUUCGAGAGUACUCCCAAGACCGGUUAAGGGCAAUAAGAAGAGUGAAACCACGAAGACUAACACAAUCAUUCAGAAUGCUGGUCCUUCUCGUUGGGGUAGUAUGGAGUUCAAAUUUUACUAUCUCAUGUUUGUGAUUGUUGUUCCCAAUAUGAUAUGGGCCGGCUAUAGAACUAGCUCUGAGCACAACAUAAAUUACUACAAAUAUCAAGAUCUAUUAUCCUCUGGAUGGUUAUUUGGAAGGAAGGUUGAUAACUCAGAUGCCCAGUAUAGAUUCUUUAGAGAACAUUUGAUUGAAUUGGCGGCAUUGUUGGUACUUCAUACUACUAUAAAACGUAUUGUAUUAGCUUUAUGCCCCAUCUCUAAGAUAAGAUUUGAUACCAUAUUUGGUGUCUUAUUUUUGUAUGGAGCUUAUGGUGUUAACUCCAUAAGAGUGCUAGCUCACGUUUACAUUAUGUUCUCCAUUGCGCAUAUUUUUAAAAAUAGUAAACGUUUGGCAAUUUUGUUCACAUGGGUAUAUGGUAUUGGAUCCUUAUUCAUAAAUGAUAAGUAUUAUGCAUACGCCUUUAGCAACUUCAGUCCAUCUUUAAGAUUUUUAGAUGAACACUCAAAGGGACUGAUCCCAAGAUGGGAUGUUUUUUACAAUUUUCUACUCCUAAGGAUGAUUAGUUAUAAUAUUGAUUUUUUAAACAGAUACAAUACCACUACAUCUAAGAGUAAAGAAGAAAAUAUUGAAUCGAAAAAAGAAAAUGAAAUGAAAGAAGUGCUUCUUUAUGAUGAUAAGGCCAGAAUGAAUGUGAUACUGCCAGUAAAUGACUAUAAUCCAUUAAAUCAUAUUGCUUAUAUAACUUACGCGCCAUUAUUCAUAGCAGGGCCAAUCAUAACAUACAAUGAUUACAUUUUCCAAAGCAGAAAUAAACUACCUUCAUUAACCAAAAAUUUUAUACUGUGGUAUGCAGCAAGAUUUUUGUGCACAUUAUUUUUAAUGGAACUGGUUUUGCACUUCUUCUAUGUGGUUGCUAUUUCAAAGAGGAAAGCGUGGGAAGGUGAUUCACCUUUUGAAAUUGCAAUGAUUGGAUUAAUCAAUCUAAAUAUCAUUUGGUUUAAGCUAGCUAUUCCUUGGAGAUUUUUUAGAUUGUGGGGUUUAUUGGACGGUAUUGACACACCUGAAAACAUGAUAAGAUGUGUUUACAAUAAUUAUAGUGCCCUCGCUUUUUGGAGAGCAUGGCAUAGAAGUUAUAAUAAAUGGGUUAUACGCUAUAUUUACAUUCCAUUAGGAGGCUCCAAAAGUAGAAUUGUUACGUCCUUAGCAGUAUUUUCUUUUGUUGCUAUUUGGCACGAUAUUGAACUGAGAUUGCUUUUAUGGGGCUGGAUUGUGGUAUUGUUUUUGCUACCAGAAAUGUUUGCUACCCAAUAUUUUGUGCAGUAUAGUAAGAAGUGGUGGUAUAGACAUAUAUGUGCACUUGGAGGUGCUCUAAAUAUAUACCUGAUGAUGAUAGCAAAUUUGUUUGGUUUCUGUUUGGGAUCUGAUGGAAUGAAAAAAUUGUUAGCUGACAUGUUCGGUACUUGUAAUGGAUUAACUUUCCUGCUAUUAUCAUUUGGUAGCCUUUUCAUUGGAGUGCAGUUGAUGUUUGAAAUCAGAGAAGAAGAGAAGAGAAAAGGAAUAGAUCUGAAGUGCUGA